UGGCCAAGGCGGCCGUCGCGUCUUCAACGUUAUCAUCAUCGCAGCCUGUUGUCGCGCGGCGCUUGAUAAGGCCAAACACGUCGGAGGCCUCCCCGACAAGACAAGCGCGCGCGCACGUUCCCGUAAUCGUCGUCGGGCCGUCCGCACAACACGAUGCGAGUCCCCAGUUGUCGAGUCAUCCUGCGUCGCGGCGGUCCGCGUUCGUUGUUCCUGAUCGCGCAACAAGUGCGUCGUGCCAGCAGCGACGAGGCCCUGCAGCGAACAGCACUGUACGACUUCCACGUGAAACAUGGCGGCAAGAUGGUUCCAUUUGCGGGCUAUGCCAUGCCUGUGCAAUACAGCAACCUGAGCCUCAGUGCCUCCCAUCUGCACACCCGGCGCCAUGCAAGCCUGUUUGAUGUCUCACACAUGCUGCAGAGCAAAGUGCACGGCCCAGACAGGGUGCGCUUCGUUGAGUCUCUCGUGGUCUCCGACAUUGAAGGCUUGACAGAAGAUUUAGGUACGCUGACAGUGUACACCAAUGAAAAGGGUGGUAUCAUUGAUGACCUCAUAGUGAACAAGACCAAGGAUUGGCUGUACGUUGUUUCCAACGCUGGCUGCAGGGACAAAGACUUAGCCCACGUCAAGGCCAAGCUGGUAGGCUUCCAGGCUGCAGGAGGUCAGGCUACCCUGGAGCUCAUGGACUCGUGGUCGCUGCUGGCCCUUCAGGGACCUGCAGCAGCCGAGUUGUUGCAGCCACUUGUUGACUGCAUGCUGACAUCGCUGCACUUCAUGCGGGGUGCCACAGUGACCUUGGCUGGCAUUCCAGGCUGCAGGAUCACCCGCUGUGGGUACACAGGCGAGGACGGCUUUGAGCUGUCGGUGCCCAGUGCUGAAGUGACGCCACUGGCUGAGCAGCUGCUGUCAGGCUCUGGCGGUCGGCUGCAGUUGGCCGGUCUUGGGGCUCGCGAUUCCCUUCGCACUGAGGCAGGUCUGUGCCUCUAUGGUCAAGACAUUGAUGAGGAGACCACCCCUGUUGAGGCCGGCCUAGCCUUCACCAUUGGCAAGCGCAGACGUCAGUUGGCUGAUUUCCCGGGCGCACCAGUCAUCCUGAAUCAGUUGAAGCAGAAGCCCAGCAGGCGGCGCGUGGGGCUGGUUGCCACUAGUACUGGACCACCCGCACGCAAUGGCGCAGUGGUGUACGACUCGGCAGGCUCAAAGGAACUUGGCCGCGUGACGAGUGGGCUGCCUUCACCUAGCCUGGGCAGCAACAUUGCCAUGGCAUAUGUGCCACGCGAAUACAGCACGGCUGGCACAGCUGUGCAGCUUGAAGUGCGAGGCCGCCGCAUUGAGGCUGCUGUGACACGCAUGCCAUUCGUGCCUAGCCAUUACUACAGUGGGUAGGUUGUGUACGUGAUAAAUAAACUCAUGAAAUUGUGUAAAGUG